UAUGCCAUGGGUCCUAUUCUUGAAAAAAAAACAAAAGUAAGCAAUCUUCUGCUAUAGAAGAAAAAAUCUUUUUCACUAGUGAACAACUUGUGAUGAUGAGUGUUUUUAAAGAUGAAUCAUUAUCCUCGCUUUCUUAUUUGUGGUUUUACAUUUUAUCUGAAAUGGUCAUAUGACCUAACCUCUUUGGAUGAUGAAUGUUUAUGCCAUCGGCCAUGGGCAAGUACUGCAAAUGCUCUUUUUUUCUCCACAAAAGGAAUUAUUGAUAAUAAAAUGGCAAUUAUUGGAGGUGAGCAAUUAUGCCAGGGAAAAGACGUCUUUGAAAGGAUGAAUUAUCUCUUCCAAGCUGGUCAGUUGCUAUCCAAGAAGGAUCAUGUUGCUGCUUCAUUGUGUGGAAAUAUCAUGGUCAGCUGUGCAAAACGAUCUGUUCUCAGAAUGGAACCCGACGUCAAACGAAGCAUCUGCAAAAGUUGUCAGAUCCCUCUUAUACCUGGUGAAUCAGCCAAAGUAAGAUUAAUAUCGAAACCAGUGAAGGCUGUAAAAUGGACAUGUCUCCUUUGCAAAACUACUAGAACAAUUCCAACGAAACGAGGAUAUAAAUUAUGGAUUAAACAAUCACAAUCCGUAAUUAAAACUUUUGAUUACACUUCAAAACCUAUGGAAAUUAUCGACAAAGAUGAUGUGAAGAAAGUUGAAGAAUCUAUAGGAUCAAUUAAAGAGGAGGUAAACAUUUGUGAUGGAGCAACUUCUUCACACUAAAACUUGGUCAUUUAAAUACUGAGGUAUUUCCAAAUAAAUGUACUUCAAUUAUUGCGUACGAAUAUUUUUAUAAUAAUCGCUUACAUAAAAUAUGUUACAGUAUUACAAUCAAUAUUGUAAUCAAUAAACAGAUAAUAAUUUUUCCUAA